AUGGGCUUGUCUCGGAUUAUACAAUCCUUGAAGCUGAAGCCAAAGGAGCAAAAGCAGCUUCACGGCGGCUUAGGACCACAUCAACCACAGCCACAGCAAACACCAUCAUCAUCGGGCAGCAAGCUGGCCCGGAGUGCCUUGCCGCCCGAGGGUAUUACAGAUUCUCCGUCGACAGAUUCAAACGCGGCACCCGAUGCCUCUGGAAACGAAGCCUCAGAUGCCUCAGAUACAUCCGAUAGGCCCGGUAAGGCUUCAUCUGAGCGCUUGUGGUCGCAGGCCUACCAGGAUCUCUGCGUACGUGCAGAGCCGGGCCUGAUGGACGAGUUUGAAGCACAGCUGGGUGGCCAACCACUUUCCAACUCGAAAAGUGUCAAGGAAGCCGUGAUAAAGCGUCUCAGCGAACGAGAAAAUAAAAAGUGGCACUUCACUUUGAUGGGCAAAACCCAUACAGUUCGCGACCAGGCACAGAGGCUUGUUGAUCUUCUGACCUUUUCCGACAGCAUCGUCAAGCAGGCUGUCAGCACUCAGCCGUAUGCAGCCCUGGCUUGGACUUCUGUGUCUGUGCUUUUGUCCUUGCUCAAUGCUGCCUCUGCCCAGAAUCAAGCUCUGGUGGACGGAUUUGAGGCAGUGAGUGUUAUUCAAAGGUAUUGGGCAGCCUGCGAGGAUAUCUUCCUCUCCGAAUCCCAGCAACAUAACUACUGUGAACUCGCCACCGAGCUGCAAAAUCUCUACUCGUUAAUGCUCGAAUAUCAAGUUAGAGCCAUCUGCCAUCUCUCGAAAGGGACAAUAAAACGUGCGCUCAAGAGCCUGGAAAACGAUUGGGGGAAUAAAUUGAAUGCUAUUAGGGACUGUGAUGUUACAUGUAGGAACCUGAAUGACGUUCUUUGGCGGGGAGAAGCCCGCGAAUCCCAAAGUGUCCAGUUCCGAAAAAUGGAUGAACACCGAGACCUCCAGCUAAAGGCCUUGCAGGCUGCGGCAGACGAAAGACAAAACGGCAAGGUAAACAACUUUCUACGCGGUCUCACGGCAGCGGCAGGGCAGUACAAGCGGGGGAAGAACAUCAAUCCUACGCGGGUACCGGGCACCUGUGAGUGGUUUGUUAACAAUGAAGACUUUUGCGAAUGGCGCGAUAGCCAGUCAUCUAAUCUACUCUGGGUGUCUGCCGCGCCUGGCUGCGGGAAGUCCGUGUUAUCGCGGACCUUGAUAGAUGAGGAUUACUUGAUAACGGAUCUCACAAUCGAGGUCGACCCUUCCGGGGUAUACACCUUAAGGGGCACAAGGUCAACCGUGUGUUACUUUUUUUUCAAGCACGGAGACAAGUCUCGUGAAAAGAUGACGAGCUCUCUUUGCGCAAUCCUGCACCAGCUGCUCUUGAGCCAUGGCACAGAGGACUUGCUGGAUCGUGCAGCGGAGAAAUAUGCGUGCCAACCAACUAUGCUCGAAGACGCUUCCGAGAUGUGGAAGAUUAUCGAGGAAUACGUCAACUCUUGGGACACAGGAGACAUUAUAUGUGUCUUGGACGGGUUGGACGAAUGCAACAGGGAAAGCAGGGAUGAAUUCAUCCAGAUACUACAUGAUUUCUUUGGUGGUGAGCGGAAGCCCGGCCAGCCUCGCCUAAAGCUUCUCAUAACAAGCCGGCCGGAGUAUGAUUUGCGCUUGUCCUUUGACUCCUUCCCCAACUCGAUCUAUCUUCACUUUGAUAGCGACGACAAGUACGAGGAAAUCAGCCGAGAUAUCAACUUGGUCAUCGAUUCGAGAGUCGAGUCCAUGUUCAAACAACGCCUGCCGCUUGAGGAUCAGCGAGCCAUCUCUAACAAACUAAAGAGUAAAGAGAACCGCACAUAUUUAUGGCUACAUCUUACACUUGAAAUUAUAAGAAGAAAGCCUGCUUUCUAUGGCAGAUUGAGAGAUAUUGACGAUUUUUUAAAAUCUCUGCCAGCUACGGUGUCUGAUGCGUACGAGACCAUUCUUAAUCGAAAAGCUAUGGAUCAAGAGGACAAUGCAAGGAAGACAAGAGCUCUGCUUGAAGUUGUCCUAGCAGCAACGCGACCUCUUCAUCUCGACGAGGCUAAUUUCGCCUUGACAAUGGCCCUACAAAAAGAUGAAUUCAAAUCUUACGAGCAGUUCAAAGCCUCAAUAUGGCCAGGGGACUUUAAAUCGGUGGUUAAGGACCUAUGUGGUCACCUCAUCAACGUGUAUGACGAGCACCUCUUCUUCAUACACCAGACCGUCAGGGAAUUUCUCCUAGCAGAGAAUGAAGAAGGCAAGAAUUGGCAGGGUAGCUUCAGUAUGCUUGGAGCGAACAAAACCAUGUUCGAAUCCUGCGUCAAUUACCUCACUUUGCCUGACUUCCCUGUCGAAAAUGUGUUGGUUGAAGCAAUCGAUAAGACUGAAUCUGAGCAGCGCACGCUGCCAUUACCUCUUGAGAACGAUCCUGGCAAUUGGGGCUUUGUACCCGAGAAUACACACCACUUUUUCAUGCAUUCUUCUCUAUACUGGCCCUACUACUGUCAUUCACAAGUUGCCUCGGACAAUGAAAGGGUUUCUAAUCAGCUCAGGAGACUUUUCCGGCCGUCCAAAUCUUCUGCACAGCUUUGGUUCACGUUAUUCAACGCCAAGGAUGGCAUAUUCUCCUCCACGAACCGCAAGUGGACUGAAUUGGCUGCAGCGAGCCGCGCUGGGCUUUUGCCGGUUGUGAAUGCUAUAUGCACCGAAAGCAAUGCCAGUAUCAACGCAGUGGUCGAAACAGUCGGUUCAGCCUUGUACGUGGCAGCAUAUCACGGUCACGUCGGCGUGGUUGACGCACUGCUAUCUUGGGGCGCCGACUUCAACAUUCGGGGAGAUGACGAAAGGUAUACACCCCUACACGCUGCAGCAAAAAAUGGCCAUCGAGAAGUCGCUCAGCUGCUUCUUUCCAAGGGCGCAAAAGUUGAUGAUACGACUUCUGGUGUUCAGAAAACGCCAUUAUGCUGUGCGGCAGAGGACGGCCGCCUCGAGACAGCCAAGACCCUUCUUGCUUUCGGGGCCAGCGUCAAUGGUUCUGGUGACGAGGCUGUCAUGACGCCAUUGUACAGUGCCAUACAUGGAAAUCAUUGUCAGAUGAUACGUAUGCUUAUUUCUGAGGGUGCCGAUGUUAAUAGGCAUACUCAUUUUGGUAUACCUAUAUGCAGGGCAGCAUACCGCGGCCGUUACGAAAUAGCCUGCAUGCUUGUUGACGCAGGUGCUAAUUCUGGCGACAUCGGUAGGGCUCUUCACAUCGCUGCGGGAUGUGGCUACUACAGGAUGGCUCGGAUGCUUCUUACAGCCGGUGCUGAUGUGAAUGCUAGAUAUGGUUAUCGACACCAGUUAAACACGCCAUUAUACGAAGCCACAGUGAAUGGGCACGAGAAAGUAGCCCAAUUGCUUCUUUCUAAGGGUGGUGACGUGCUUAUCACGGAGGGGACACUUGCAUGGAUUAGUUGCAACGAAACAAUAUCGAAAUUCGUUCGCGACAAGGUUGGAAAUGCAGUCCCAAUAACACCACAUUUGCUCUUGGCCGUUGCAAGGAAUCGGCAAGGCGGAGAUCAAAUCAUGGCCGUCAUUUUGGACAAGCGAGGCGGCGAUGUUCAAGUAACAGAGGAAGUAAUCGAGACUCUGUUAGAGAACUCAUACGCUGGAUAUGACCUCAUGAAUGUCCUAGUCCAGCAGCAUGCAGAUGACAGUCAGACGGCUGAAAGCUUGGUCCAAAAGGAGUGGCGUUCUCAUUUGAGGUAUGAGCAAGUGCAGCCGUUUCUUAAGCAGCACCCUAUCACGCGAAGAAUGAUGAUGGCCGGCGUGAGAAACAUUCAUCAAUGGAGGGAAAUCGUAGAGCUGCUUAUAAAAUACAGAAGAGAUGAGUUCCUUGCCAUAUCGAACGAUGAGCAUGAAAACUUUGGAGAUGCUCGGGGUCGUUUUCGACGUUGGCGGGUUGUGGACCUCCUUCGGCGGCUUGAUCAAGCUCGGGCAAGACAUUGA